UCAUAUUUUGAGGCGGUCACUGCCAAUUGAGAAAAAAAUAUUUAGGAUUUAGAUUGAGUAGAGAGGUUUUCAACAUGGUUAGCUGCUUCCACAGCAAUGUUUUUUGUCUGUAACUGUAUGUCUUACAAGAACUGGAUAAUGUGAUUUUAAAAUAAGAAAUAUUUGCAUGACUGACUUUUACCUCAUUCUCAACAGUAGGUGGUGGUGUGGCACUAUUGGCAUCACUAGCCUUUACAGCAAAAAAGGCAUGAAAGUAAAUUGUACACUUAGGCCACAUCUACACAGAAAUGGCAACCAAACGAAAAAAAUCUUGUUCUUUGGCCUUUACAAAGAUAUCUCCGUAAAGACGCCAUCGUUUCAGGAAAUAUCUCCGUCCACGCGGAACCCCCUGAAACGGUAAAUGAAUCACGGUUCUUGACUGGUAUAUUCAAAGUGCUCUCCACAAUCAUCACCAUUAACAGCUCUUACAAUUUCAGUGCUUUGAAUAGAAGUAAGUCAUGUCAGCAACUGAAACCAGGAAACCUUCAACAGAAGAAUCAGCCUCAGCGGAUUCUCACAGACCCGAAAAGACUGAACAUCUUGAUCCUUAUGAGACAAGACGAUGAAGAGGAUAGGGAGACUGUUUUUCAUUCACUUGUAACCACCACACAAUCAUCACAUUAAAUCUGCACAUUAUAACGUCUCAACAAUUAUCUGUUGUCACAAGGUGCAGUGAAUAUUCAAACCAUGAUGGAAAUUCCACUCAGAGGAAAUAUAUACCACAAUCAUACACAGAAAAACUCGUGAGAGAUGUGAGCAAGUGCUGCAGUUUCCUCAAUUUGAUUUCAUUUUAUAAUUGACUUGGUAAAAGCCUCAAUAAAAAGUUAUUUUUAAAACAAAUGUUCACUUCAAAGCUGUGACUACAACCUACAGUGGCCUAGCAUGGAUGAAAAAAAAAAUUUAAACUAAAGAAUAAUUAAUUCAGUUUGUGUCUUUUUUUUUAAAAUUUCAGCCAAUUUUAGAUUUGAUGUUGACUAAAAUUACUUUUUUACAGCCAAUGAAUUUAUUGUGUUUAAUCAACUGAUUUCAUCCAUGAAAUGUCAAAAGCUAAUGCAUCACAGUUUCCGUCACAGAUUCUUAGAGAGCUCUCGGGUGAUCUGCUAUCCCGUUUAAUUCAGCAUGCAGCUUCAACGAAUGUCCAAAAUCUGAAAACCCAUGCACGAUGUGUGGCAUGACUCAGGAAGUGGUGAUGAAACAACAAAGGUAGCGAAAGCAGAAGUGCGUCUGCCACUGAUAAGUCUGGCAGACACUGUCAACAGUAACAGGAGAGUGCUGUGAUGUGAAGACGUGAUCCGAUUUCACACUUUCCCCCUGUCAAGAAUACUUCACAUUAAACAGCACCAGUGCCACCAUGACAGCCAACUGUUCAUUCCGUGACGUCGACCAGUACAUGGAAUAUCUGGAGCUGGUCAUCUACAUACCUAUAUUCAUCUUUGGUCUGAUCCUGAAUGUUCUUGCUCUCUUGGUGUUCUGUGUCUUUCUGCAAAAACGGACUGAGUCGACCACAUACAUGACCAGCUUGGCGCUCAUGGACCUGCUCCUUCUCUUCCCUCUUCCCUUCAAAAUGCACGCGGCCAAUCACGUUUGGCCUGCCAAACUCCAAACUCUCUGUUCAGUCUUGGAAAGCCUGUACUUUGUUGGGAUAUAUGGUAGCAUCUACACGAUCAUGUGUAUAGCCGUGGACCGAUGGCUGGCUAUCUGUCACCCUUUCAAAGCCAAGCAGCUGCGUUCACCCACAGCUGCUCUGGUGACCUGUGUGGGGGUGUGGGUGCUCGUGAUAGCAGUGCUCUCUCCAGUCAUCUACCGCUUCAGGGAGAACGGGCACACAGAACUCCACUGCUUUCACAGGUUUUCAGAGAAGGGCUGGAGCCCUCAGGUGAUCAUCUGUCUGCAGGUGUUUGGGUUCCUGCUGCCUGCACUGGUGGUGGUUUACUGCUCAGUCCAGACCAUCUGGGCACUCCAGCAGUCCGGGCAGCACAGCCCUCAGAGCCGCGCCUGUGUGAAGAUCAUCUACAGCAGCCUGAGUGCCUUCCUGGUGCCAUUCACCCCGAGCCACCUCGCUAUCCUCCUGCAGUUCCUGGUGCACCAAGGCGUAAUCCAGGACUGUGGCUCUAAGACCAGAAUCAGCCUGUUCAUACAGCUCGCCAUGUGUUUGUCAAAUAUCACCUGCUGCCUGGACGCUGUGUGCUACUACUUCAUCGCCCAUGAGGUGAGGAGCACCAAAAACACCUUCAGGAGGUCAGUGACCAGCCAAAGACGAACCACCUUCAGCACGUCCGAGCUUUGAACAGGGGACACGCUUAACUGUUCUCUGUUAAAAUGAAACCAGAUCUGGCUCCUUGGGCUUUAAGCAGAUCAGUGAAAAUAAAGAAGAGUCAGUACAUUCAGUGGUUGAUGAGAGAGCGUGGCAUGCAGGAUACAGUAGGCGGGUGUACAGUGAGUGUUACGUCAUUUUAAUCGUGAGAAUGGCAAAGACAGAAGAGGAUUUGGUCUAGAGACAGGAAGCCUGUCGGUUCCUCUAUGACCUCAAACGGCUCACAUUUGUCUUAUUAUUAUUCUUAUUAUUAUGUGAAACGCAAAAAUACAAUCGGCCAAAUUCAGAUCGAGGACGCUGCGUCCAGGACUCAAAAGAUACCAUUUAAGAGACUAACUUACUGACUAAUAAUUAAAAAAGAAUAUAUACACUUAUAUAUACAUAUAUAUAAAAAAAUGUCCUUGUACAUUGAUAAAGCACAAUCCACAAACCCCACAAACACUGACAUCAAUCAGUUCACAUGCAUUCAUGUAUUUCACUGCUAUGAAUUAAGAGUGAUUAUUACAUCUAAUGAAGAGAUGACCUCUCUUUAUUACAGGCAUAAACAAAGAGCUCUUUAUUUAUCCCUGAUGAGUAUACAGAAUUAUUACACAAUAUUACACAAUAACAUAAUGUUCAGGUAGAGUUCACAUAACAAAUAACAAUAAUAGUAACAGUAAUAAUAAUGCUAAUAUGAAUUACAAGGCAAACAAAGGCAGCUGACAGUUUUAUAGUGGGAAACUGUAUUCUCCCUAAUGCACCCUUAAUUAAAGUAACCGCGGUGUAAAUAAAUGACAUGAUGAUGUCAUUAAACAUGUAAAAAGAAAACACAAUGAUGUGUGUUUUACUUCAUUGUUAACGCGUUAACAGGUAAUUGGGCCAUGAUUUGAUGAAGUGCGGUCAAAGCGAAUAAGAGCAAUAAAGCUGUGUUGCUAUUCACUGUUAAUUCAUUGUUUUUUAUGACAGUACUGUAAAACCAGUAAAAAAAUAUUGCCUCCUAAAAGCAGACACGGGACAUGAAACUGUCAGGUUCCAAGUCACUAUCGCUUAUUUGUGUCUUGACACUUUGAUAUUUGUUUUGUUCCAUUUUCGUUUACAUUUGUGUCACAGAGUUUUGCUGUUCUUUCCUCUGGUCUUCAGUACAUAGACGAUGCAAAUGUACAUUUAAGUAUUUAUGAGAGGAGGAUGCUGUGGAUGCUUUUGUAUAUGGCUCACUUUGUAUAUGUCUACACAAACGUGUUAACUUCUGUAUUUUUCCAGGCAUUAACCUGCCUUUUUUUUUUUAAAUGAAAUAUACUUCAUAUAAUAUACCACACAGAAAGAAUGAGGUGAUGUGUGUUACUUUGACUGACGAUAAAGCUGUUAGAAGCUCUGAGGAAGUUUUAACUUCCUCCCAAUUAUUCCAAACCACAUUUUUGUCAUUUUUAUGACGAGAGAGUCGGUCACAGAUCAACAUACGCACGCCAAGAAUAAAGAGUGAUUAUUUAUUCUUAAAGCAGCAAGAUAUUACAAGAAAAAUCAACUGUACAGCGAAAUCUGUUAUCUUAGUCUUUGAUGUAUGAGCACAUAAUCACAGCUCUCGACGGAGACUUGUAUCGUUCCAUGGUGCACAUUAAAAAAAGACAUCUUUGUUUCAAGUUGGGACAAAUCAACAUCGUAUGACAGGAAAGAAAGAAUCGGGAAGUGGUGAGAGCUAAUGACGACAGACAAAGUAAAAAGAAAAGAAAAUUCUAGCCUUUGAUAUAAUCUACAGUGAGUGAUCUAGACUAUAAAGCAUUCUUUCUACAUAUUUCAUAUAUGACACUAUGUGUAGGGUCGCCGACUGCAGAUUUUGGUUCCUCUCGUCUCCUCUGAAGCACUGCUACUAAAUACAGUCUAAAGCCAUUAAUAUCGAAAGAGUAGGGAAGUGUAUAAGAGACAUAACGGGAUGAUCUUGCACAAAACAGGUUCAUUUCAGAUAAAAAUCUAUGCAUGUAACAAUAGGAAAUC